UUUAUUGAGCGGGACUUUUCGUCGAGUCGCGCUCUGAGCAAGAGCGGGUUGGCGUUUCUCUUCGAGGAGCGCCAUUAUCGCCCGAUUGGUCGAUGCUGCUGGAUGCCCAACGCCGCUCCUUCCACCCACACACCCUCCCGGUCACCGAACGUCAGCUACCGGAGAGCGGGCCACGCGGUGAUUUAAACACGGAGAGAGAGAGAAGGUGUUUACGUGAGAGACAGGAGCGUCUCCGGAAAGAGUGCGAGUGCACACUGUAGACAUCCACACGGUGGAGCAAAGCCUACAAACUUUAUUCCUUUUCUUUCUUUCAUUUCUUUUUUAAGAUAUAUUCCUGUUUACGAACACUCCCCUCCCCCUGAACAAAGACAAAGUUUUGACAUCCCCACCAAAAAAAGAGCAAAAACAACAACUAUUUAUCACCCCACUUGUCCGCUUGGCUCUACUUGACGUUUCUUUUUAAAGCAACAAGUGUUGUCGGCUACGGUUCUUUUUCCACACAGGAGGAAAAAAAGAAAUACCGAUGAUAUAUUAGCUACCGUGGUCACUCGGUGUGGCACCGCAGUGACACCAGGACUGCCAUGAUCGUGUCCAACGUGAGCCUGAGCGGCUGCGCGGAUUUCAACAGCGCUCUGUGUGCCGGAGCCGGGGAAGGGCACCUGGGGGGCGGAUCAUACCGGACCGCUCUCACCCCGACUGGGAACCUGGUAGUGGCUGUGUGCCUGGGCUUUAUCGGCACUUUCGGACUUAUUAACAACCUGCUGGUGCUUGUUCUUUUCUGCCGCUACAAGAUGCUGCGGUCGCCCAUCAACCUGCUCCUGAUGAACAUUUCCAUCAGCGACCUGCUGGUGUGCGUACUGGGGACUCCGUUCAGCUUCGCGGCCAGCACGCAAGGAAGGUGGCUCAUAGGGGAACGGGGCUGCGUGUGGUACGGCUUCGCCAACUCGCUCUGUGGCAUUGUGUCCCUCAUCUCUCUGGCUGUCCUCUCCUAUGAGCGCUACAGCACUAUGAUGGCUCCCACUGAGGCGGACUCCUCCAACUACCGUAAAAUCUCCCUUGGCAUCAUCAUGUCCUGGGCGUACUCACUUAUCUGGACCCUGCCGCCGCUCUUCGGCUGGAGCCACUACGGCCCAGAGGGACCUGGGACCACCUGCUCUGUCGAUUGGACAGCCAAGACAGCAAAUAACAUCUCUUACAUCAUCUGUCUGUUUAUAUUCUGCCUCAUCGUGCCCUUCCUGGUGAUUGUGUUCUGCUACGGAAAGCUACUGUCUGCCAUCAGACAGGUAAGAGGAAUCAAUGCGUCGAUGAGCAGGAAACGUGAGCAGCGCGUGCUAUUCAUGGUGGUGAUUAUGGUGAUGUGCUACCUAAUAUGCUGGCUGCCUUAUGGCAUCAUGGCCCUACUGGCCACCUUCGGCCCACCGGGCCUGGUCACACCGGAGGCGAGCAUCAUCCCCUCAGUCCUUGCCAAAACGAGCACGGUCAUCAACCCAGUCAUCUACGUCUUCAUGAAUAAACAGUUUUACAGGUGCUUCCAAGCCCUGCUGCAGUGUGAAGCUCCUCGACGAGGCUCCAGCUUAAAGAGUUCCUCCAAGGUCCCCACCAAGGCCAUGAGGGGAAUAGCAGGAACUGGUCCCCGCCGUACUAACGAAUUCCUAUUUAUGGUAGCCUCAUUGGGUCAACCAGCUGCUACAGUCCCCCAACUGGGGCUCUCAUGUGAACCUACUAUCGAUAUCACAAAAGCCCCUUCUUCAGACAAUAAACCUGUUGUAGUCUCACUAGUGGCUCACCGUGAUGGCUGACAAUUGGUUAUAUAAUCAUAAAACCCUAAGGUCCCCAUCCAGGAGAUCAGUGAAAAAGAAAGAGGUGGUUUUACUGAGACUUGGAAAGCGGCGGUCUGCCAGUCCAGGUGGAUUCAACGUGACUCCAGCAUUAACUCUGGCCUGCCUAGUACAGAUGAUAGAUCAGUAAGAAAGGGCUGUCUCUGGAAAAUGUGAGCAACUAUCAGAGAUGACAGUAAAUCUACAGAAGCUGGGAGUUUGUAUUUUUUACUGAGAAAAGAAACACUCAUGAUCCUUUCUUAGAAAGCACAUUUAAAGGAUGCUCUUAUCAGAGUUCUGGAGUCAGACUGUAAUAAAAGAGGAAUUAUAAGGAUCAUUUUGUGCAAUAUCUCAUUCUCUUAAAAUGUCAUAACAAUAGUGUGUUCAGGAGUGCUGGGGAAGGGCUAUGAUUGGUCUGUACUGAUUGUUACUGACAGCAGUUACAAAGUGAAGUGAAAUUGAAGAACACCAGCCACUUAUGACUGCAAGCUUUUUGAAGUCCUUCAGAAUGAGAUAACUUUAAUAAUCUGUGCAAGGGGAAUGCUUUUGCAGCACUUGCACAAAUAAAAGAAAGUUGUAAAAUUACACAGAAACACAAAGUGUAAUGCAAUAAAAGUACCUGAGAAACGACAGAGGUGCAAACUUAAAUGGAAGUGGUGAUAACUUUACCACCAUAGAGUGGCAAACUCUAUAGAAAACUAUAGAGUUAAGUCUUCAAACCAGCAAUAGUAGCGGCCAUAACAGUUACAAGAAAAAAAUCAAACGAGUGCAAUAAGUCAAGAUGUUAAAUUGGGUAAAGAGAAGGAGUAGCAUUCACAAUUAAAUGUCUUAAUAAAAAGUUAAUUGUACAUUUAACAUUCCUAGUAUGCUGGGGGUGUUUGGAUUUUUUUCAGGGAGAUAGACUUUGGAAAGAAAUACUGUAACUGCAAGUUGGAAAUCACUGUACAGCCCAUUCAGUAAUGGCUGUGAAUGUGCAGUCUAAUGUAAAGGAGUUUGAUGAAAUGCAGCAUCUAGCAAUGUUAAAUAUUUAGCACUUGUAUACCUCGAAUUUUAUAUUCAUGCUGUGUUUUGUUAGAGUUUUAAAUGUGUAUUUAGAGGAAAGAGGUAACAUCCUAAAAUGUAAGUAGAAGAUUAAAUAUUGUUGCACACCAUGUAUGUUUCAUGGCAGGGUAUUCUGAAAUGACAAUGGGCUCUUUCAGCAAACUAUGCUGCAAUAUCAACUGCAAUGUUCGGGAAAGUUGACUAAUAUAAGAAAAAUUUGAUGGUUUUGAUGUGGUCAUUAAAUUCCCUUGAUUUGUGAUUUGGGAUGUGCCAGUUUAAAGUAAAACAAAAAACCAAAACAACUGUUAAUGUCUUCAUGCCUGACAACCCAGGAGGUCUCGUGGCGUUCAUUCAUCGACUGCUCAGAGCUGUUUUAGCAAGAGGGGAGCACAAAAUUACACACUGUUGUGGCUGAAUGGUAUAAGUUUGUAUUGGCAAUUUUUGUAAAUCACUUUUACCACAAAAGCUGUUUUGAGUAAAAACAAAACAAUUUUGGAGGUGCAUUGUUCAAUAUUUUUUUACAGGCACAGAGCUGCAAUGAAGGAAAUUUAUUUACAGUGAAGGGCGAAUUUUCAGGGACAGUGUAUUUACAACAGAAUGUGAAUGGGAACGCGGAGCCAGGACGUGCAGGUGAAGAAACACACACUGGUAGCGCACUCGAUUUGGUACUGUUUGCCAAAACCUCCAGAAGGAAACGAACCAGACGAGGCGACCCGAAGAAACAGAGAGGCGAAAUCCUGGGGAGGAAACAAAACCCUGUACAGUCACCAGCAAAAAUAAUCCACAGGCUCCAACAGUAACGCAGGUGUCACUGCCCCUUUACACACUGAGGAAAGUUUCUGUUAAAGUUUCAAAACUGACUCACCUAUAGUUUUCCUGACAGUAAAAAUGGGUCUGGGCUCUUAUAGGUUAAAGAAGACGGACAUCAGUAAUGUCUCAUGUAUGUAUAUGUUAAGCAAUGAUUUGUCAUUAGCUGUUCAGGGGAUGUUAUGGGUGCAUAUAGAGCUAUUUAGUGUAGUUUGAGGGCUGGCGUCAUUUUUUGUUACUAGUUCAAAACCCAUAUUCAAAUGAAAAUGUUGACUGUGAGCUCUCAGUCUAAAAAGCUUAUUGCCUGCAUAACCCUGAGCCUAGAGGAGAUUUAAGCUACAUUCAUUUUGUGGUGAAGCUCUUAGAGCACCACCAAUGUAUAGACAUUUAAAGAGAAAAAAGCUAACAUGAGAUGUUAAUUAUAGCUGAUAAAACCUUCGGCUGCUGUGUUUAAACAGUGAUUCAAGAGAUUUCAACACUUUUGGAACAUCUCUAUUCCGAGGGUUUUUCAGUGUUUAAACUAUAAAAUGACAAGCAUAGAAAGAUCGAUUUUUUACAAUAAAUUAUUAUUAUCUAUUCUUUCCAAGCUGCAAAUGUUGAUCAGUGUGUAGAAAGUAUUUUCCAAUGCAUCUUGUGUUCAUAGUGCAUGAGCACAAGUGGUUACACUACAGCCCAAGUUUGAUUCUUCUCUUCUUUUCUCUUCCUGGCUCUCAGUAUCAAAAGCACAAAGACCAAAAAAGUAAAUCUUAAAAAGCAUUGCUUUUUGCAUGCUGUUAUUAAUACUGAAUUUCAGACUAUGUGUGUCAGAUAGCAGAAGAUGUUUUUUCAUUACUUGAGGUCCUGGGAACUACUUCCAAGGACCUUUAAUAUCUCAAAUCUGGGUAGAGUCAGGAGACAAUGAUGGACUUCAUUAAACCUGAGUCUCAGGGCAUAAUGUCUGAUUAUUUAACUGAAUAGUCUCAAGGCUAGACUGAAGAUGGGGUGAGUAGUAUCCUUUGUUCUUUGAUCUUAUUUCAACAGUGAUUAUAACUGAGUAAUAUUGCAUUGUUCCAGACGCUGUGAGUAAUAAUGCAAAACAAAUAUGUGCCUAUGAGUCAAGGAGUCUCAUCAAAUUUUUCUGACUGUAAGUCAGAUUUGACAAAAUAACUGUCUAAGAUGAUGUUUUAGGAGGUUUUGUUACUUACAAGUCAUUAAAAUGAUUGUAUUUCACAUUGUAAAGUUAAAAUAUAUUUCUGAAUUCACUAAUAAAUUGAGUAAGACAAAAAUAAAGAACUUAUUAAAAACUGAGCACUCACUGAGAAAUAGUGUCCUCUUUUUAUCCCACGUACCCCCUAAUUCACAGUAUGAUGAAUAUGCCUACAGUGGAACCCCGACUUACGAAAUUAAUUUGUUCCCGAGGGUCUUCGUAAAACGAAAAUUUUCGUAAGAUGAAGCACCCAUCGCGCAUUUUGACUGAGGCGAUGCUGAACGACAGGCUAUAGGCUAAUUGCUAUCUAGAACAACAACCAAGGGGUUGUCACAUGAUUCGGAAGGCAUUGUGGGCAUUGUAGGCUCAGCCAAUCAGAACCAGCGGAUUUCAUUACUCGGGCAUUUUGCCAUAACACGGGCAAAAAUAUUAGGUGGUAAUACCUUCCUAUUUCCACAAUAUUAUCUUCUUGUUACCACCCCAUAAUUACCACAUUAUUACUGAACUGUGGUGGUAUCCAUUCACCCACCUAAAUCCAUGCAUUCAAUCUUUCUCUUUAUUACUUUUUUAGUACCUCUCCAUGCAUCUCAGCCAAGUGUUUUGCCAAGGGCUCCUUAAGUUAUAGUGCAAAGAGAAAACAGGAUUGGAAAAAAGUUUUGCACUGCUCAAACACAGAUUUGUCCCUUAAUGUAAUAAAACCAUAUGGUUUUAUCUUCAAAAAAAAAGUAUGUCUAAUUUGCCUAUUAAAGGAAGCAUGAAUGAGAUAGUAAUAGGAUGCUGGUUGAUUUUGAUGCAUUCACUUAAUAGGGUUCCCAUCUGGUAUAGACAAAGGCGUAGAUUUGGCAUGGACGGAAGGGACAUGU